ACUUCGCUGCUAUUUUUUUCCCCUUGGAGGAGAGGAUUAAAAGUUCCCAGAACUGGUGCCGCCCGUGCAGCUCGGGCGCUGGGACGGUGCUUGCCGGUGGGGCUCGGGUCCCACCAUGUGCACCAACAUAGUUUACGAGUGGCUGAAAGCGCUGCAGCUCCCGCAGUACGCGGAGUCCUUCGUGGAUAACGGCUACGAUGAUCUGGAGGUGUGCAAGCAGAUCGGGGACCCGGACCUGGACGCCAUCGGGGUGCUGUUGCCCGCGCACCGCCGCCGCAUCCUGGAGGCCGUGCGCCGGCUGCGGGAGCAGGACGCCGCCGCCGCCGGCCUCUACUUCACGCUCGAGCCGCAGCCGCCGCCCGCGCCGCCCGCAGUCGCAGUCCCCACCGGCCGCCGGGGGGAGCCGUGUGGCAGCCCGGCCCCGGGCACCCGCGGGGACUCCCGCGGCCAGACGACCGCCCCCCGCAGCAGGGAGCUGGUGAGCUACCCCAGACUGAAGCUGAAGAUCAUGAUCAGGGACAAGCUCGUCCGCGACGGCAUCCACCUGAGCAAGCCCCCGUACUCCCGCAAGGUCCCAAUGGCUGGCAUCCUAGAGUACUUAAUGAAUUGGCCGAAGUCAUCACAGAACCGCUAGAUAUCAUUUUUGAGAACUCGUGGAGGACUCAUGAGGUGCCUGAAGACUGGAAAUGGGCAUAUUUAGAACCUUCUUUCACAAAGGGAAAUGGAUGAUGACCCUGGAAAUACUCAUCAGCUUAACUUUUUUCUUGGAAAAAUUCUGGAAUAAUCAACUUAGUACACUGGGUAACUAACUUAUAAUAGCUAGAAACGAGGCAGU